CAUUCCCUCAUAAUGCUAAAACCAAAAGUUAUAUCACAAGUUCUGCGACAAACAACCACAGGUGGAAUUAAAGCAGCGAUGCUAAUGAACACUGGAGGCUCAUUACUUGCGUUUGCAGCCGCAUCAGAUAGAGAAGCACGAAUUUAUGCCGCGAUCGCAGCCAACUUAUGGUCAACCUAUCUCAAAAGCGCCAUGACAGGAUCCUCCUUUCGAAAUGAAGCUGAUGGAGACGAUCUAAGAAUACUUAUCUUGCCUUGCGAAGAAGGCGUGGUUGCCGUCGCUGCACCAAGCACCAUGCUACUUUGCUUAGUCGGAGAUAGCACCAUCGAACUUGGUCUGCUCAAAGCAAAGGUUGAAGCAGUUUCCAAACAUUUACAAGAGCCUCUCGAGCGAGUUGCUAGCUACCAGCAAUGAUCGAGUUUACAAACUUUUUCUAUUGCCUUUCAUGACCGAUGCGACCUGAUGCAAGGCUGUAUCGCCAUUAUCCCCCCAAUUGCCUCCUACUCAAUUACUUCUCUGAUCAUGCAGAAAGCGUCAUAGAUAACCAUUGUUCACAUUUAUCGUCCUCUCGGCGACGGUCCCCAACCACUCCACUGAAUGCCUCACUUAUGAAGAGAACAUACUUAACACAUUUUUAAUGUCAUUUCAGGAGAAAAGAUUUUGUAACAUAGAGUAACGUGUUCUAGGCCUAAGCAUAAAUAUAUUUUGAGUCAAAAUCCAUUAGCAAUUGUGCGAAUUGUUUCUCACGUCCUACCUCUUAAAGUCAAAUUUUAUACAUUAUGGUCUAGAUGUUCACAUUUGGGUAUAAAGGGCAAUCCAAUCA